AUGCCCGAACUUGCCCCUCGUAUCCAGCGUUAUUUGGAUGUGUUGUGGCAGCGCAUGCUAUCUAUGGGCGCCUCGCGUACCGCGAGUGCGGUGUACAUCCGUCUCCAGACACUUUUAACGAUGAACCAGUUGGAGGGCUUCCAGGCAACCGCCACUACUUUACUGUCAAGCCUUCGCAAGGCGCGCGAUCCCCUAGCCGACGCCGCGGUUGUCACACAACUUAUUGCAUUCCAGCUGAGGAUGCAGAACUACGACGAAGCUCUCCGUCUUCUGCAAGGACUCGGCAGGUUCGAGGUCCACGGUGGUUUCUCUGCCGUGGUAAUCCGCGACUUGCUCAAGCUUUCGUGCUACGCCAAGUACCCCCACGCGAAACAGACCAAGUUGGUCACUGAGGUUCUUCGAAGGAUCGACCCGUCGCGACUUGGCGGCACCUCCCGAGGCCUACUGCUGAGGUUCCUGCUGGAUGGCGGCAAUUCGAUCGAACGGGCGUGUGCUACAUUGAUCAGCAGCGACUCCCUAUCGACAGCCUACUAUUACAAGGUUCUGCGGCGACUCACACAGCCCAUGAGGAACAUCAGGGACAUCCCAGUUGCCUAUCUGGAAGCCGCCGUGCACAUCCUCGAAAGGCAUGUACCGACGAACAGGGCCUACGCGGGUGCAACUUACACUGUUAUAUGGAACACAGUGAUCAAGUCAAUUUCCAAGUCGAACGCUACCAAGGGCGAGCGGGCGACGUUGAUCCAGCGCGCUCUGGAGUGCUUCCCAGAUACAUGCCAGACCAGUGAACGGCAUCACCUACCACUGUUGCGCUCCGUCGUCAUGUUCAGUCUCGAGCGGGAUGACCCGUUCCCGGAGCUCGCGCAGCGGUGGUGGCGCAAGCUGUAUGGUAUGGAGAGCGGGAUGUUCGAUCGGACCGAGAUUGAGGCGGCAGUGGUCGGCUUCGUGCACGCCGGCCUUCUCGAGUCGGCGAUGGAGGUCGUCCAGAUGGCCUGCAAAAUGACAGUGGUGCACAAGCCGUUGCGCAGCGUUCUCGAGGAGCGCGACGAGUGGACGACCCCAGAAUUCGAGGACACCCUUCACCGCGCGGGUAUUACGCACGCAGACGGUGAGAUGGUCGAGCGCCUUCCCCGUUUCGGUGUUGCCUACGGUAAAACGGGACGGGACGGUGAUAUCAGAGUCGGCGACGAGUGGGGUCGUCAGACCUGGCGCGACGAGGAUACCGACAACAUGGAUGAGGCUGCCGAGGAGGCCGAGGAGAUGGAGGCGGACGAGAUGGGCGCGGACGACGUGCUCGAGGACGUCGAUUAG